AAUAGCAACAUUAUCAAUCACGAUUUCAACCUCCAUCUUGACGAGCUUUCCAGUUUGGUACAAUUUCUGAGAGAAUAUGCCUCCAAAGAAAAAGAAAUCAGGCAAGAAAAAACUUGCGAAGAUGACUGAAGAAGAGAAGCUUCUGUACAUGGAGCAGAAACGGUUAGCAGAAGAAGAAAUGAAGAAGAAAAAAGAAGAUAUGUUGACACAGUUUUUGAAGGUACGUUGUGGACUUUGGGAACAACACAUUUGCCAUUACCCUGGCUACCAUUUGUUAAUUUGGAUUCCAUCUAUUUCUUUCACAGCUAAAUCCCAGGAGUUGAAGAAGGAUAUAGAGAUACUGAGUCAGACAUUUGAACGGGUAAUAGAUAGAAAAGAAGCUAUAAUCAAGUCUUUGGUUAAGGAUAUUGAAGAAGCUGAGGAGCAAUACCAAAUGGCACUCAGAAGUCACUUACAAAAUGUUGAUAGGCUAAUAGAUUUACAACAGAGACGAUUACAUGAGGCUCAAGAUGAGUAUGAUCAAGAACAAGAGAUCUUAAAAGAAGAAUUUGACACUGAAAGAUUGAAGAUAGUAAACCAGCAGAGGAGGGAGAUGCAUGAUAUUCAGGACAUCAUGUUUGCAAUGGAGGAAGAGUGGAAUGAAUUAGAAAAUGAAGCUAAACAAGAUUUUCAAAGUCUUAGAGAUGAAAUAAAGAAUAAAAAUCUUGAAGAGAAGCAUGCUUUGAGAAUACAAUUGGAAGGUACAGUGGAGGAUCUCUGGAGGCAAUUUCAGCAAGCUCUGAAGAAUUACAAUGAAACAACAGAGGAAAGAAAAUUGGCCUUUGAAAAUCUCAAAGCAAAAGAUGAGAAGAGUUCUUAUGAAAUAGAAACCCAAAUGAGAAAGCUACAGAGAAUACAGGACAGCAUUUCACAGCUGAAAGCCAAAAUGGCAAGUAAUGCUAAAGAAUGCGAUGAAAGAAACAGACUUAUCAAGGAGCAAAGGGAGGUGGUUGCAACCCAGUUUCAUGAAUUAAAAGCUGAAAUGAACAAGAUGAGAGACUUGGAAAGAUCACGUUUAACCCAGCUGACACUUCAAAGCAAUGCAGCCAUAAAAGAACUUAAACGCACUAAUGAUAAGGGCGAAAGUAUCCUUAAACUAGCCGAGAUGUGCCGGAAACUGGAAACAGAGACAGAGAAGGUGUUGCCAUUUUAUGCAUCCUCUUUAGCACCUGAGGAAGAUGAUGAUGUGGCCGCUGCUAUGCAGGAAGCUCCAUCCGAACCACUGGCUGAGAUUCUACAUGAGUAUUCUGCUCUAGAAAACUUUUGGAAGAGAUACAACAAGGUUUUACUCGACAAAUUAGCUCUUGAUAAAGAGAAACACACCCUUCUUCAAGAAAACCAGCAACUCAGAGCUAUUCUCAAACAGUACCUAGAUGGUAUUUCAGUUAACGAUGAGAUCCUUAGUCAGUACAACCCACUGUUUAUUGUCAAUAGCAAAACUAAUGUAAGGCUGGCUGUACCGGUGUCUGACCCCCGUGUCAAGCGGUCAGGUCCUACUGUAGUGGAAGCUGCUCAUGUUGUUAAGCACGCCAUUUAAACGUACAUGAAAAUGAGUAAAAUCAUAUUUAAGCGUUGUAAAAAUGUAAAUAGCUUUUUUAGUUUCCGAUUUUCCCAUGUUAUGAAAAAAUACAAUUUGGUGUAAUUUGUUGAGUUGAAAUAAAAGUAAGCGAUGAGAAAUUUAA